AGAAUAGUUUGGCCAGUACUCUAAAUACUAGAAAGUAAGGGGAUGUUGUUGUAAUUUAAUUAGCAUGAAAAGUGGUGGUGUCAAAGUAAAUAAUUAUCAGCCAAAAUCAUACCUCACGCAAUCUCUCAUUUGCACUCCGACGGCUGUCUCUACUCCGGCUCAGGAAUUACUGACCUCUAAAUUAUCGAAGAGCAGCCAAAAUGUCUCGAAAAGGACUGAUGGAGCAGGACCUGAGCAAGUUGGAUGUAACGCAGCUGCAUCCACUUUCUCCUGAAGUGAUUUCUCGUCAGGCUACGAUAAACAUUGGUACCAUUGGCCAUGUGGCUCACGGAAAGUCAACAGUUGUAAAAGCUAUAUCUGGUGUGCAGACUGUUCGUUUUAAGAAUGAGCUAGAGCGUAACAUUACCAUCAAGCUUGGAUAUGCUAAUGCCAAGAUUUACAAAUGCGAAGAAGAGCGCUGCCCUAGACCCAUGUGCUACAAGGCAUAUGGAAGUGGAAAAGAAGACAGUCCCAUGUGUGAUGUCCCUGGUUUUGAGAGCUGCAAGAUGAAAUUGCUGAGACACGUGUCUUUUGUUGAUUGUCCUGGUCAUGAUAUUCUCAUGGCGACAAUGCUUAAUGGAGCUGCAAUUAUGGAUGGAGCAUUACUUCUUAUUGCUGCUAAUGAGAGCUGUCCCCAGCCUCAGACUUCUGAACAUUUAGCUGCUGUUGAAAUUAUGCGCCUCCAACAUAUAAUAAUUCUUCAAAAUAAGGUUGAUCUUGUUCAGGAAAAUGUUGCCAUCAAUCAGCAUGAAGCUAUUCAGAAAUUUAUUCAGGGGACUGUAGCAGAUGGUGCCCCAGUUGUACCAAUCUCUGCUCAACUGAAGUAUAACAUUGAUGUUGUUUGUGAAUAUAUUGUGAAAAGAAUUCCGAUUCCAGUGAGGGAUUUCACUUCACCACCAAAUAUGAUCGUUAUUCGGUCAUUUGACGUUAAUAAACCUGGUUUCGAAGUUGAUGAUAUCAGAGGUGGCGUUGCUGGUGGCAGUAUUUUAAAGGGUGUGUUGAAGGUAAAUCAAUUGAUUGAGGUUCGUCCAGGUAUUGUUGUCAAGGAUGAAAGUGGCAACAUUAAAUGUACCCCCAUAUAUUCAAGAAUCGUGUCAUUGUUUGCCGAGCAAAAUGAACUACAAUUUGCCGUCCCUGGAGGCCUUAUUGGAGUUGGAACAACCAUGGAUCCAACACUGACACGUGCUGAUCGAUUGGUGGGACAAGUUCUUGGGGAGGUUGGGUCACUUCCUGAAGUGUUUGUCGAACUAGAGGUGAAUUUCUUUUUGCUCCGUCGUCUUUUGGGUGUGAGGACAAAGGACACAGAAAGGCAGGGUAAAGUUUCGAAGUUGGCAAAGGGAGAAAUCCUUAUGUUAAAUAUAGGGUCUAUGUCAACUGGGGCUCGGGUUGUUGCUGUUAAAAAUGUGUUUGCAAAACUGCAAUUGACGUCCCCAGUGUGUACCAGCAAAGGUGAAAAAAUUGCUCUUAGCCGGAGAAUCGAGAAACAUUGGCGUCUUAUUGGUUGGGGUCAAAUCCAAGCCGGUAUUACUCUUGAUAUUCCACCGUGCCCCGUCUAAGUGAAUUGAAUUAGUCAGUUACUGAAAGAACACAGGGAUUAAAUAGUGAAACAGCGUAAGACGGUAUUAGAUGUGGGAAGGCAGGCAGUUGCUGGGAACAAUUUUUGUCAAGGUGGAGGAGAAAACAUCAUUUGGAGUUUUCAGUACUUUAUGAUCACCAAUAUUUUACUUUCCCUGCUUGUGACAUUUUUCUUUCUCCCUCUCAUUUUCUUUGCCUUGUUUGAGUGGUGUUGUACCUUGUAAUUCACUAGUUCGGGUGGAUGUUAAAUUGAGUUCCAUCGGAAAUAUUGAGCUUGCGGCAGAAUUUGAACAACCUUGUAUUGUCUCUUGCAGUUUAUAAUUGUUAUGCAUCAUCUGCCACUGAAAUGCAGAGAUUUUCGAAGACCAA